AUGUCCGCAGCGGCGCCGCUGAAGGGUCUGGAGUGUCGCGGUACCAGCCCCGUCACCGUCGAUGAGGCACGGGACUCAGAGGAAGACUACGUUAAGCGUUGGGCGCAAGACAAGGCAAUGAAUGCCUUUGUCAAGCGACUUUACCAACAUCAGGACCAGAUUGAGGCUCUUAUUAGACACCAUCUCCAGCUACACAACGAGGAGGUCACUAUUGCGCCAAUAGAAAAAUCAAUGUACGGCACUUUCAACUUCUGCAUACCCAUACACGUCAAGUACAGUCAUACAUAUCAAAGUUUUAUGUUUCGUUGUCCUAUGCCGCAGAAACUUGCAGAAGCUCAAUAUGCAGGGACUGUUAAUGAAAAGAUGGGCUGUGAGGUAGGAGCCUAUGUUUGGAUGCAAGAGAAGUGCCCUAACAUUCGCAUUCCAUACCUCUACGGGUUUGGCUUUGCUGAUGGCCGCUAUUAUACUCACGAGACGCAACGGCCUUGGUAUGUUCGAUACCCUCAUGCAAUACGUCGCUAUCUCUACAGCCUUUUUCAGCGUCCGAUGCUCUCGCGCUAUACUCCCCAUCCCGCGGCCGACAUCGAUUUUCCAAUAUCGUAUAUGCUACUCGAGUAUAUUGGCCCUGAUGUAGGCCAGAUGCUAUCACGGACCUGGAAUAGUUUUCGCAACGACCCAUUGCGCAAGAGGAACCUAUUUCGAAGUAUUUCUCAGAUCAUCCUCUCUCUUGCUCACAUUCCCCAGGCUUGCAUUGGGUCAUUCCGAUUUCUCGAGAGCGGCGUUAUUACAUUGACAAACCGGCCCUUGACUUCUUCGAUUAUAUCUCUUGAGAAUGAGGAUGCAGAAAGAACAAUUCAGAGCAACCAAGUAUAUCACUCUACGGAGGACUUUGUAGCUGAUAUUUACCAGCUUCAUGACAACGCAUUUAUCAGUAAUCCCAAUGCUGCAUAUGAUGAUGAUGAAUGCUACAGCCAUAUGGCUGCAAGAGCCAGUCUUCGAGCUAUUUCGCACAAUUUCAUUAAGAAGGAACGACGGAACGGACCGUACUUCUUACAAUACACAGACUUAACUCGGAGCAAUAUAUUCGUUGAUGAUGAUUGGAAUAUAACUUGUCUCCUUGAUCUUGAAUGGAUAUCUGCUUUACCCGUCGAGAUGAUUAGAGUACCUCAUUGGCUCUCGGGAUGUGAUCUGAUAGACGGGCUCACAGGGGAUAAUCUCACCAACUUCACCGCAGUUCGACAAGAAUUUAUGCAUCAGUUUAUACAGGAAGAAAGUAAGAUGAAGAUGGAGCAUGAUGUUUCUCUGACAGCUACUAUAAACGAAGGCUGGACUUCGAAAAGUGUAUGGUUUUGGCAUACGGUGAAUACCGGAUCAAGGACCUUGUAUCCCAUAGUGGACAGUUAUAUCUAUGACAGCUUCACUGUCAGCGCAGCUAAUGUUGAUAAGAUCAGUGGUAUCUUGUCGGCUUUAUGGCGGCGUGACUCGGCUAUUAUUGUGAGGAAGAAUAGAGAUGACUACAGCCGGUAUAUUAACGAGUUUGAAGAGUUGGUUGACAAAUACGGUAGGCCAGUGGCUAAACUUCCAUAA